AUGUUGAAUCAUAAAACGAAGAACUGCUUUCUGAAAUUUUUUGAAGCAGUGGUUUUGAAGGAGUUUGGGUGUUCCAGCAGAUUUGAGUUUUUAACGAAAGACAACGUGAAGAAACGAGAGUCAUUCAUUGCUGGAAAAGAGUGUUUUCUGAAAAUAGUGAAACAAAAGUGUCAUCCUGAUAGACACAACACUUUCGCUUAUUAUUAUGAAGAACUUGUGGACACUUUGACGUUCAUUCCUGCUCAUUCGGGAUGCUCCGAGACAUAUUAUAGAUUGAAUGCUCAGAGAUGUUAUGCUCAGAAAAAUGUGAUGGAGCAAGAGAUUGAAAACCAGUUAUUGCGAUUGCCGAGGUUCAAAAAUGUGACGGAGGUGAUGGUGAAGUGCAAAGAGAUUCAGGACUGCAUGGAAGGACUCUGCUUUACUGAAGACGAACAAUAUGAGAUAGAAUUCAGUCUCGCUGUACCAGAACUUACAGUAUCACACUUCACUGUUUGUAUCCAAACAAUCGAUAAGGAGCUUCCAGAGUUUUCGAAAUAUCACUGCUUGAAAAACCGAAGCAUCUUUCGGAAAACUCCUGAAUUCCUUUGUGAAAGAUACCAAAAAUCAAAACGAGAGUGCUUGAGAGCUGUGACAAAAGAUUAUUGUGGAAGGGAUGUGGUGAAACCCGUCGAGAAAUUUUUGGAUGAAUUCAUUGAUUUGAAGUGUAAGGAUUUGUCAGAAUCGUAG